AUGACCUCCAAAGAAAACGAGAUGGCGACAACUUUUCACCACGAAGAGAAGGAUCCCAACUUGGAUGCGACUGAUGGAUCUCCGAUGGAGAACGAGAAGAAGGAUCCCUAUAUAGGGGAUACCGGCAUACACAUUGAUGCCGCGACAGACAAACGCCUUUUCUGGAUGAUCACGCGCCGGGUUCUUGUCAUUCAAGUGAUCACUUAUUUUUGCCAGUCUCUGGACAAAGGCAUCUUGAACUAUGCUUCCAUCAUGGGGCUGAAGGGAGAUACUCAUCUUGUGGGGCAGGAGUACUCAUGGCUGGGAACAAUUUUGUAUGUUGGAAUCAUCGCCGGCGAGUAUCCGCAAAAUUUGCUUUUGCAAAAGCUUCCGGUGGCAAAAACGCUCACUGCCAAUGUAUUCGUCUGGGGUGUCGUUGUGACAUGCUCGGCUGCUUGCAACAAUUUUGCAUCCCUCAUGGCUGUUCGAUUCUUACUUGGAUUUUUUGAGAGCUGUGUCCAGCCUGCCAUGAUGCUGGUGACUGGAAUGUGGUAUAAGCGAGAAGAGCAAUCUUUAUUGAACUCUCUCUGGUAUUGUAUGAGUGGAGUGCAAUUGAUGGUUGGAGGCCUUCUGGGAUUCGGUGUUUCUCACUUCACCAACGGACCAAUAAAGAAUUGGCAGCUUCUUUUCCUUGUGCUCGGUCUCUUUACGUGUCUUUGGUCUCUCAUCAUUGGAAUAUUUCUUCCCGACAGCCCCAUCUCAGCAAAAUGUUUUUCUGAGGAUGAGAAGCGCUUGAUGAUUGAACGAGUGCGGCACAACGAGACCGGCAUUGAGAACAAAAAGUACAAGAAGUAUCAAGUACUUGAGGCAGUUCAAGACCCGCUGGUUUGGUGCUGUGUGAUGCUUAUCCUUGUGGCAAACUUGGUCAUUGGCGGCCUCGGGGUAUUUUCCAACCUCAUCAUCCAAAAGUUUGGAUUUACUCUUCUUCAAACACAGCUUCUCAACAUCGCCCAGGGAGCUUGGAGCAUAAUCGUUAUGAUUGGGUCUGCCUGGGCGUCGCAACGAUUCCAACAAACAUGCUUCGUAAUGAUAGUAUACACCAUCCCAGCAAUCGUUGGAACAAUCGUCAUUCUCGUCGUCACUCCAAAUCCAUCCAACGCAGGGGGAAUGCUAAUCGCCUUCUAUUGCACACAAUUCUUCCCAGCCCAAGGCAACAUGAUCAUCUCGCUCAUCACCCGGAAUAUUGCCGGUCAAUCGAAGAAAAGCUUCACCAUGACUAUGCUCUUUGUCGGCUGGGCUGUUGGCAAUUUGAUUGCACCCCAAAUUUUCCGGGACAAUGAUGCGCCUCGUUAUUUGCAUGGAUUCCUCGCUCAUAUCGUCGUUUAUGUCGUUUACAUUGCUCUUGUCAUUCUCACUCGUGUGAUUAUUAUGGCCAGAAAUCGAUCCAAGGAGCAGCUUACAAAUGAGCUCUCUCAUGAUGAAGCGUUCCAAGACCUCACAGAUCGCGAGAAUCGGAAUUUUCGAUAUGUUUACUGA